AUGGGGCAUGAAAAGCAUGAGGUGGGAGGAUGCUUCGAGUUCCUGCCCAGGCGAGACCAGGUCGAUCCCGGUUCCGAUCAGGAGGCUCCUAGACUCCUGCAGAAGUACAAGUGCAGACGCGAAUUCCCGUCUUCUCUGCCGACACCAGCGUGCAGCAGACUGGAGACAAGCUUCCCAGCUGUCACACCGGAGGACGAACCGCUCCCGGCUGCGCAGGCACCCCCGGUGCGCAGUGCUAAAGAGAAGUAUGUGCUCCGUACCUUCGGCGUGUCGAGCAUGUCCAAGGAGGAGCUGAACCAGCAACGCCAAGCCGUUCGUGACAGUGCUUUGCACAUCAUGGAGGAACUGAAUCCCUCGGCAACAAUCGCGAAGAUACGCAAGAGCAAGCGUCCGCGAAACUACGAAAGCUUCAUGGAAUGGGCAGCUUAUGUUGCUCUGAGCCACAAAAACGAGGCAAAGACGGGAGCAGAGGCUUACUUGGCACAAGUCGAAGACUACUUGCCGCUGGCGAGUCGAGAUUGCGCUGUAAGGAACGUUUAUGGCGACUCGCCUCACGAGUGUAAGUGCACUGAGUGCCGACGCGGGAAAGUCAGGAUGUGUGUGGCUUUUCAGAUGGUCAUUGAUGAGGUUGGAGCAAAGCUUCGCAAGAAGGCACGCACGAUGCCGUCCCAAGGAAAUAGUGGAGACACCUCGAGAAGAGCGAAAGAGCACAUGCUUUCGGUGCUGAAGCGGUACUUGGUGGAGAAUCCUCAUCAUCUCCUGGACCAGAUGAAAGAUCGGAGCUGGGAUCAUCGGAGACCACCUCGUAAAUCGCGCAGCCCUGUCGUCGAGCGCCCGCGGCAGCAAUCGGGCGCAGCCUCGCCUGGAGCCCACCAGCAUUUCGGGGAGCCGUCCAACCUCUCAGCUACGCCUUCGGUGCCAGCCGCCCAAGACGUGAUCGACAUCACGGGCAGAGAUGAGCCUGGUUCUGCGGGCGAGGAGAGGGCUGCUCGGAGCCCUCCAGAGCCGGGCACGAAGAAGGAAAGUGAAGACUCACCGACGGCAUCACUGUGCAGUGGUGCAACCGUGGACAGCUCUUCGCAGAAAAGCAGAAUCCAGGCAGACAGCUCACGGACAAGGCCGACAAGGUAUCAGCCGUCGAGCUCGGUGAGCAGGAAUUGCUGGCAUGCUGCAGAGCCAGCCGCCCCAAGAGUAAUCGAUGUUCCGGAUGACAGAAUCAGUCGAGCUGAGCCUUCUCCGCCUGAGCGCCUUUGUUGGAGCCCUUCGCGGAUGCCAGUUCUCAGGCCCUGUGGUGUUGAGCCCGCCGACUUGUCCGCGACAGACCCGAAGCCCGCGGUCUACCGGAGCAAAGCGCUUGGGACCUGGCUGCCUC